AUGAAGUACUUAACUUUAUUGACAAUUCUUGCUGUGGUGCAAGGAGCUAGUUUGUACGAUCGCCGGUUUUCUGAGAAUGGGAUUAGUAAAAUUGGGAGACAAGAAUCUCUAUUUCCCUAUUUGGCAGGUUCGGCGCCGUACUUUAAAUAUCCUCAUGAUUACGGCAUCGAUUUACCGGUCCCAGAACAUUGUCAAUUGAAGCAGGUACAAUUGUUAGCACGUCAUGGAGAAAGAUUUCCAAGCAAAGGUAAAGGGAAGCAGCUAAACAACACCUAUCAGAAACUUGAAAGAUACAGAGGGAAAUUCAAUGGCUCAUUAUCUUUCCUGAAUGAUGAAGAAUACCAAUGGUUCUUAGAUGAUUCCUCCCAACUUGAGCUUGAAGUUACUUUUGAAAACACUCUAAACCCAUUAAACCCUUACACUGGCGAACAAGAUGCAAGAACACAUGCUCGCAAUUUCCUUUCACUCUACGGACAACUAUUGAAUAAGAACUCGAAUAUUGAGCUUUUCACAACAAAUUCAAAGCGUGUUCAUGAUACAGCUAUGUUUUUCGCCCAAGAGUUGGAUAACAUAGUAAAUUCCACGCAUUUAAACGUAAUUAGCGAAGACCCUAGCUCUGGAGCCAAUAAUUUAUCGCCAGGCUACUCAUGCUUGCCGUGGGACGAGGAUGAAAAUGCUGCCUAUUUAUCAACCUAUUCCGAAGCUUACCUGGAGGACAUCGCCGAAAGAUUAAACAGAGAGAAUGCCGAUAUUGGGUUGAAAUUAAACAAGUCUGAUGCCUCUUUGCUUUUUGUAUGGUGUGGCUUCGAGCUUAACGCUAAAGGAUACAGUGAUGUGUGUAACAUUUUCACCAAUGAAGAGUUAAUCCACUACUCUUAUCAAGAUGAUUUAACAUCAUACUACGAGGAUGGGGCAGGUCAUUCUUUAAUAAAACCAAUUGGCUCACUUCUUUUCAACGCUUCAGUUGAACUGUUGAAACAAAGUGACGAACAAGAGCAAAAAGUGUGGUUAAGCUUCACACAUGAUACAGAUAUUCUAAAUUACUUGACUACUGUGGGACUAUUUGAUGAUGGUAAAAAAUUGAAUACUUCCUACAUACCAUUUCUACAACACACCUUCCACAAAUCAUGGUUAACACCUAUGGGGGCUAGACUUUAUACUGAAAAGUUCCAAUGUUCUAAUGAAACUUAUGUGAGAUAUACACUAAAUGACGCUGUGAUCCCCAUCGAGUCAUGCUCGACUGGUCCUGGUUUCUCUUGUCCGGAAAAAGAGUUCUAUUCUUACGCUAAUGAGAGGCUUCAAGGAUUGAAUUUUGUUAAGUCGUGCAAUAUUACUUCAUCAAGUAACCACACUAGUCUAAGCUUUUAUUGGGACUACAACACUACACGCUACAAUGCUUCUUUAAUAUUAGAGUAA